CAGACAACCUGCCGGCCACGUCGCGCCCGUGCGUAAAUGAGGACGCGAAUGCGCAAUCUGGGUGCGCGGUCGGGCCUGCGUCAGCACGCCUCUCCUCAUACAUCUCCAGCUCUCUGCAGUAUGGUAUUGACUGUGUUAAGGCGCAAAAUGAAUACGUUGCUUCCAUCUUAGCUAUACUUGCAAUAUCCUGCGAGGUUUACCUACAGUUCAGUCUCUCUGGCAUCCCAAAUAUGGUCACUAUGUGCUGAACUGAGACAGGUCAACUGCUCUAUCUAUUCCUGAGAGAGACAUUCUCAUUUUCAGGGGUUUCCACAGUCUCUGCCAGAGCCACAUUAAUUAGUCAUUGGCCUUGUGAUGCAAAACACUUCUUUAUCUCCUAUAACAGUCUCUGAGCCUUGUAUACAGGACUUCAUUCACACCGUGUCAGAGGGUUCAGCAAAGCAGCCAACAGAAGUAUUCCCUGUACCCUGCAGGGCAAUGGGUAGUAAUAUGCAGGUGUGGGUUGGGUCUGUCUCAAACCUGCUUUCUCUGCUUCAGAAUUGCAGUACAAAUUCAGAAUCCGAUAGUCAAAACCAGGCAAUAAUCAGGACAGGCAGCAGACAGGACGAGAAGUAGGGACAGGCAGGGUCAGAAACAAUAGCAAUACACAAUAGACUCACACCCAAGAACUUUAGAAAAUACCUUUUACGUUGGGCAUGGAUUAAAACUGCAGGCGUACCUGCCGGCCCCUCAAUGCCACUAGACCACCAGGGUGAGUUAUUACACAGAGAAAGCAUGAGCCAGGCAUACAGUAUAUGGAGCUGUGUAUAAAAAGUACAAUAAAGACCCUUCUGUGCCGGCAUUCUAACAAUGACCAUAAUGGGAUUUGGCAAUAAUAAAUAAAUAAUGAAAUUUUGCAAGUUUCCAGUGUAAAUGUAUUUAAUUGCUGUGGGAAGCAGCGUCCGCCUGGGGUGUAGGGACUCCUGCAUGGCUCCUGCCCCUCAUGAAUACAGCAUCAAUACAGGCAGCACUGUAUUCAUAAGAGGAAUGGAGCUCUCUGCACUCUGAGACUUGAAGUGAGUGCAAUGCAGGGUGUUAUAUGGAAUUUGCACCCUGCACCCCCCAUGCACAGAGUGGCUUGGGGGUAACUACUGGGGGCAUUUUUAGAGGCACAGGUCUUCAUUACUAAAGGGAUAUGGUGGCUUUGGGAUGGUACAGGAGACACAUAAGGUGCAGCAUUUGCAGUCUUUGACCUGUAGUUCUGAUAAAGCCCUUAGCAUUGCACCCCCAGGCCUCACAUAGCAUAUAUAGUAGUAUAUAUUUUGGGCUGCUGAAUAUGUCACAUGGCAGUGCUGACGUGUACGGUAACGGAUAUGCUAAUUAGGUGCCUUUUGAUUGGCUGCACAGCAGGACCAUCGCCAUGGAGUCAUCUUGUGAUGUCAUCAACCAAGUUAACCUUAGGGCCAGAAAUGACAGUUUUUUCAGUUGUGGCUUUGCAGUCAGAAGAGAAGGAGAGUUUUUCAGUUUUGGCUUUGCAGUCAGAAGAGAAGGAGAAUAUAUCAGUUUUGGCUUUGCAGUCAAAAGAGAAGGAGAAUUUUUCUUUGGAAAAUUUAUUUUGGUUUUCGGUGACCAAGACAUGGGAAAUUACAUCUCUACGUUCGUAGACCCCAUCAUUGGCCUCAGAAGGAGAAGAUUUCAGGCUCCAUCAAAAUCUUCUCAAAAACAUCCAGCGAGACAUCGCAGCAGCGCUCCAAAGCAGAAUUUGGAUUGGACGACCAACGGCGGGGAGCCAACGAGAUGGAUAGAGGCCGGAUACCAUGGGCCACAGACGAGACCAUCUUAUUCCAGCCUUCACUCAACCCCCCGCUUCACGAGGAGCAUGAAGACCACGGCUCCACCUGUGUCCUCCUUGAUAUUUCCAAUGGAGGAGCAGAAGAAGACAACCUCAGGCAUUUAUUGGCUAAGUCUGCCCCCUAUGGGGCCACCAAUAAGACCGAUGGACCUGACGGCACCACUGCCACGUUUAAGGAUGCCAGACUACUGUCAACCCAUUGAGAUCUUUCCUCUACCUGAGAGGGAAAGACCUCAGCGUCAGGAGCCGGUUGCUCCAUCAGCCUUCGAACUGAUGGUCAGACAGAAGUUCUUGAGAAUGGAAAGAGAGGAGCUAGAGAGAAAAGCUGCAGCGCAAGAGGAAUAUCAGCGGUACAGAAACACUGUUUUGGCAGAAGCGCAGAGGUUAGCUCGGAAGCGCAGGCUGAAUAGCAUGCAUGAAAGACCAGCUUAUGCUAAGAAAUCCUGUUAUUCAGUGUCAUCGUACGGCACAAGCUGGUCCUCAUAACCACCAAGAGGCUCAUACCACCAACAGUUUUCCACCAGAGAUGCCUCUCCGCCUUCCACCAUAAUUCUACCAGUGGUGCCUCCCCUCCAUCUAAAAUAUGGUUUUAUACACAGGAGCACCCAUAAGUCAUUCGGUACACCCUGCAUUUAUUUUCACUCCAUCCCUCAGUUUGCAGAAGCCGGGAACUGCAGGCUGCCUGGGGUCUAAUGGAAUGGAAGGAAAUGUAGCUUUUAUCUAGCAGCUGAAUGGUGCUUAUGUUUAUGGUGCCAUAUUUUAUGGUCUCCCUUUUUCACACCGCCAUUUCACCAGCGGUGCCUCCCCUUACACCUAAAAUAUGGUGAUAUACACAGGAGCACCCAUAUGCCACCCGGUAGACCCUGCAUUCCUCUUCACUCCAUCCCUCAGUCUGCAGAAGCCGGGAUCUGCAGGCUACCUGGGGUCCAAUGGAAUGGAGAAGAAUGCAGAAUUCACCUAGCAGCUGAACAGUGCUCAUGUUUAUGGUGCCAUAUUUUUUUGGUCUCCCUUUCUCACACACCGACAUUUCACCAGCGGUGCCUCCCCUUACACCUAAAAUAUGGUUUUAUACAUAGGAGCACCCUUAAGUCACCCGGUAAAUCCUGCAUUCUUUUUCACUUCAUCCCUCAGUGUGCAGAAGCCGGGAUCUGCAGGCUGCCUGGGGUCUAAUGGAUUGGAAGGGAAUGCAGCAUUCACCUUGUAGCUUAAAGGCAUUCAUAUGUAUGCUGCCAUAUUACUUCCACCGCCUUUCCACCAGUGGUGCCCCCUUAGACCUAAAAUAUGGUUUUAUACACAGGAGCACCCUUAAGCCACUCAGUAGACUCUGCAUUCCUUUUUACUCCAUCCCACAGUGUGCAGAAGCCGGGAUCUGCAGGCUGCCUGGGGUUUAAUGGAAUGGAAGGGAAUGCAGCAUUCACCUUGUGGCUUAAAGGCACUCAUAUGUAUGCUGCCAUAUUCCCUUCUUUUCCGUUACUUCCACCGCCUUUCCGCCAGCGGUGCCCCCCUUACACCUAAAAUAUGGUUUUAUACACAGGAGCACCCUUAAGCCACUCGGUAGACCCUGCAUUCCUUUUUACUCCAUCCCGCAGUGUGCAGAAGCCGGGAUCUGCAGGCUGCCUGGGGUCUAAUGUAAUGGAAGGGAAUGCAGCAUUCACCUUGUGGCCUAAAGGCACUCAUAUGUAUGCUGCCAUGUUCCCUUACCUUACCAUAUUCCCCCUCUGUUUCCCUUGAUUCAAUAUGGUGCAUUGAUCCUGGGAGCAAAUCCGAUCGCCGUUAAGGGGUCAGGAAGGAAUUUUUCCCUCUAGUGAAACAGAUUUGUUCUUGCUUCAUAGAGGUUUUUUGCCUUCCUCAGGAUCAAAUAGCACAGUAUCUAAUAAUUAUUAAU